CAAGCUUGGUGGACUUGCAGGGCUUCUUUUAAGAUGGCGGGCCAGUGUGUACAAACUCCUGUGGCGAGAGAUGAUAGUAUUCAUUUUAUUCUACACCAUAGUCAGUCUUAUCUACCGCUUCGCGUUCGAAGGAUCCAGUAUAGUCAAGGAGAACUUCGAAAAGCUGGCCAUUUACGCUUACGAUUAUACCAAAGUGUUCCCUAUAAGUUUCGUCCUGGGUUUCUAUGUUACCGUUGUCUUUGAUAGAUGGUGGAUGCAGUUCAAAUCAAUACCAUGGCCCGACCGGGUGGUGUAUAACGUCUCCGCCCACGUACUUGGGAACGACGAAGAAGGGAGGAUAAUAAGGAGAACAUUAGCCCGUUACGUCAACCUUGCAGCUAUACUUGUAUACAGGUCCGGUAGCAAGCGGGUUAAGAAAAGGUUCCCAACUCUUGCUCACCUUGUGGAGGCAGGUUUAAUGACUGAUGAUGAGAAGGAUAUAUUUAAGAACCUGGGGACAGAGAAUCCUAAAUACUGGGUACCUUGUGCCUGGUUUGUCAAUCUAUGCAGAAUGUGUCGCAAACAAGCCCGUAUUAUCAGUGACCCGGCCAUGAAAACGGUCAUAGAUGAGCUGAACAACUUCCAAAAUAAAUGUUUUGAGCUCUAUGGCUACGAUUGGAUUGUAGUCCCACUAGUUUAUACUCAGGUUGUUACCAUAGCAACAUAUAGUUACUUCCUCGCCUGUCUGUUUGGUCGUCAGUAUUUAGAUCCUAAGAUGGGUUAUGACGGUCAUACCAUAGAUGUUUAUGUACCCGGGUUCACCGUCUUAGAAUUUGUCUUCUACGUUGGAUGGUUAAAGGUUGCAGAAAACCUCAUGAACCCUUUCGGCGAAGAUGAUGAUGAUUUCGACAUGAACUGGAUUGUUGAUAGAAAUAUUGAGACAAGUUUCAUGGUUGUUGACGAGCUUUACGAGGUGAGCCUUCCUAUAGUUCGAGAUCGUCACUUCUCAACACGGCAUCCCGAUAUACCUUAUACAAAUGCUGCAGUAAAGAAGAAAGGGAAGCCAUGGUUAGGUUCAGCUAGUAAAGUAAAAUUAUCACGUCAAGAGAUGGCGUUUACCAAUAUGCCAAACAAGGUCUUUACUGAGGAUGACGAGUGCAUCACCAGUCGUCUCUCGUCCAAGAAGCGAGGAGAAACAACUGGCAAGGGCGGCGGGACUAAUAACGGAAGUUUGAGCAAAGUGAGCAAAAGCGGCGGUGGAAACAACCACGCGUCUUCGAGCAACAGCCAUGGCUUGGAAGAAAAACGAAGUAGAAGUAGCAGUAGAAACGAAGGCUCCACUCCAAGAGUGGUACACAGGACAAUGAGUCAGGAGGACUCGCAGUAUGACCACUAUGCAUCCAUUCCCAACACACCACAAAUACCUCAAGCCGACUAUGAAUCCGUCACCCGACGGGGGCAGUCAUCGGCGACGCGCGGCAGUAACCAUGGCAACAAGUACACUAGCGAACCGGAAGUACAUCGCAGACUCAGUAAAUCAACGGAGGAGCGAAAGCGAUUGGCGAGUGACCGACAGCACCCCUCGAGACAUCAUAGAAACACUCAGUCUCUUGAAAGAGAAGGGAACUAUAGCUCGGGACAUGAAAGGGCUGGUAGUAGUGCUGGCAGCGGUAGCGGCGGCGGCGGCGGUAAAAACAGUGGUGGCGACAGGGGUAAAGGUAGUGGUACAGGAAAUGGUGGCAGCGGUGGGAAUUACCACCGAUCCAGUAGUCAAGAUAGAGGAGGCAACUAUCAUGCAACACAUGAACGGAAUAGUAACUACCACAAUGGGUAUCAUUAUGAUGAUUACCAAGGCAACGGGAGUAAUGAAGGUCGUCAAGUACCGGACGACGUCAAGGAAUGUCGUGAUCGAGAUGCCGACGGCGUGAUCGACGCGAGAGAUGUCGACAUCAAUGCUCUCAACGAGUCCAUCAUUUGACAACGUGUGCGUCGCGUGACUAGGGACUAUAUUCUGAUUUAAUAUUACAUACAAGUGUGUGAGGAAAGAAAGAAGGCAGCUCUCAAAAGAAGUAUAAACGAUUUCUGGAAGAUCAUCAUUCAUUUGAGGACACACAAAAUGGGGAAAAAGGGUAUGAUGUAAAAAAUUCUUCCUGGUAUCAAAAUUAAAAAGCACGAAGCGAUAAAAUAUAUACAUGUAUACUCUGCAGGCUUGAUAUACACAAUAUUCAAAUAUUGCAAACUCUAUAUACUCAAUAACUGUUUAUCGUCAUCCCUUGGUCGUGAUCGUUUUAUCAUUACAAGAUGAACGUCAAAAUGUUUCGAUUUAUUAUGAAUAAUUUCGGCUAUAAUUCAACCACUUGUUCCAUUUUUGUGCAGGUCUGACUCGAUCUUUCAUGUCAAAAUGUACAUUUUCUUCCAUUUUUUUUCUUACGAAAUUUUUAUGAAAAACAGCACCGCGAAACAAAAAUCGUUAUUUGCCUGCAUUUGGACGGGAUCGCAAACGAGAAGGGAAAUUUGCCCUACAUUGGGCGCUAGUGAACGUAGAGGGCGUUAACACAGCCACUUAGAAAUUCGAAGUGAUGAAAAGAUGGUAUCACUUAAAAUGAGUAUAGCCAGAAGAAAGAAGUAUUGACAAGGAGAUAUCAGACUAGUUAUGCGAUGUGCACAUUGUUCAAUCGAAUUGAUAUUUUAUAGAAUUGAUUUGCAUUAUUAUUAUUUUUGUCUUGAUGUAUACGGUGCAAAAUGAUUUAAGGUGCGAUGAUAUGAUUUUAACUUUGCCAUUGUUUGUCUAGACCUAGCAAUUUGAAGUAUCUCAUUAAGUUUGAUGUUAUUUAUCACGUGUUAGUAUUCAUUGCGUUGAUGACACUCGUACAUUUUUAUUAUAAUUGAUUUCGAAUUGCAACGAUCUUUCUCGUGUUGUCAUUCAAUGUGAUAAUACACCAUUCUUGACCGUCCAGCGCUGAUAGGCCUAUAUUUAUUUUCGAAAAAAUAUACCUGGUAACAAUACAUAUAUUCGAAUCCCUCCCAUUGAAAUAAAUACAUGCAUGCUAAAGCAAGAAAUGUAGUGAAGAAAUAUUUGGGAGGAUAAAAAAUCGUCAAACCUAAUUGUGGCAACGUAAGUAGUAUAGUACAAACAGUUAUUAAAAUUAUGUAUAUACAACAAUAACGGGUACUGGUGUACACUGCGUAAAUUAUUGUGAAAAAAAAUCUAGUACAAAAUGCUAAAACUUUGGAAUAGUUUAUGGAGCAAUGGCUUGUGAUGUGAAUU